CAUUCAAAUAGAGCGCUGAACGCUGCUGUGGGUUCAGAUCAAAUACUGUUACAGGAGAAACUCCAUCUGUUACAGCUCUCUCUCUCUCUCUCUCUCUCUCUCUGUCUCUCUGUGUGUGCGCGUUGAGUUUUCUUAAGUUUCCAUCAUCAUGAGGAGAAAAACCUGCUGUGUGUACACCACUGGAGUUAUCAGCGCUCUUCUCCUCAUCGCUGGAAUCACUCUCUUCAUGUCCGGUGUCCUGCAGACCAUGAUACACAAGAAAAUCAAAGGGGAGAUGACUCUGACAGAGGGCAAAAAAAUCUUUGCGAGCUGGAAGAAUCCCCCUCCUCCAAUUUACCUGCAGUUCUUCUUCUUCAACAUCACCAAUCCAGACGCCUUCCAGAAAGGAGAAGCUAAACCUCGCGUGACUGAAAUGGGCCCGUACACCUUCAGACAGUACAGACCCAAACGCAACGUGACUUUCCUGGACAAUGGAACGAAAGUUUCAGCUUACACAGAAAAGAGAUUUGUGUUUCUCCAGGAGAAAUCUGUGGGAGAUCCUGAUUUUGACAUGGUGACCACAGUGAACAUCCCAGCUGUGGCAGUGAUGAAUAAGAUCAAAGGUGCAGGAUUUUGGGUUUCCUCCGGCUUCUCCAUGUAUAUGAACACUAUCGGCACGACCAUGUUCAUGACACACACGGUGAAUGAACUUCUGUGGGGUUUUAAAGAUCCGCUGCUCAGUCGACUCAAAAGCAUCAGACCAGAGGUGGACGAACACUUCGGUCUUCUGCUCAACAAAAACGGCAGUGAUGAUGGAGAGUUUGUGUAUCACACCGGAGAGCAGAACUAUCUUGACUUCGGCCGUAUUUACACCUGGAAGGGACAAAAGAUGUUGUCGUUCUGGAAAACCAAUCAGAGUAACAUGAUCAACGGCUCAGAUGGAAGUGCCUUUCAUCCGUUUCUGGAGAAAACUGAGCGUCUGAACGUCUUCACGGCCGACCUGUGCAGGUCCAUUCACAUGCGCUUUGAGAAGGAGGUGGAGGUGAAAGGAAUCCCUGCGUAUCGCUUCACGCCACCCCGCGCCGCUCUGGCCAGCGGGAAAAACAACCCAGAAAAUGAAGGAUUCUGUAUGACGCCCGGCAAAUGUAUGGAUGACGGUGUGGUGGACGUCUCUACCUGUCGUCAAGGAGCUCCUGUGGUCGUGUCCUUCGCUCACUUUCACCUGGGUGAUAAGAAAUACGCAGACGCCAUAGACGGCAUUUCUCCGGUUCAUGAGCUUCAUCAGACCUUUCUGGAUCUGAACCCUACGAUGGGCGCGCCCGUGCGUGCAAUGAAGAGAGCUCAGAUAAACGUUCGUCUGGAGAGAAUAUCCGGCUUUCCUUUAACCAGGAAUCUAAACAACACCAUCUUUCCCAUCGCGUUCAUGAACGAGUCUGUGCUGAUCGAUGACGUGUCGGCCGCCAGGAUUCAGAAGCUCUUGUUGAUCGUGACUCUGGUCUCUUACUUUCCUCUUCUUCUGGUGGCUCUGGGAGUCCUUCUGCUCCUCAUCACCAUCGUCCUCCUCGUGCGAUUCAGACAGAAUGAGUCCAAAUCUGUAAAGAAAAACACGUCGUACACACCUGUGAGCGGCAAAACAGAUGAUCCGGAGGAGAAGAACGGAACUUACAUCGGAUUGACACCGGUGGAUCUACAGAAGUCUUAAACCAGACCGUGUGUGUGUGUGUGUGUGUGUGUGCGCGCGCGUGUGUGAGCGUGAUUGUGUAAAUGGGUGUGUGUAAAUGGGUGUGUGUGCGUGCGAGUGUGUGUGUAUGAGUAGUCCCUCGUCUCUGUAAGAGAUGUUUUCAACAUUAAAGCACCAAGCUAUAAAUCACAGAACAUUCAUUCAUUCACUCAUUACUGAAGAGAUUCAUGAAUGUGUGUGUCGGGUGAUGAACAUCUCAAUAGUUCAGAAUCGCUUCAUGAGACACGACGAGCUUGAUGAAGUUGGCGGAUCAUUUAGUUUUUCAAAGCUUAGAUUUUACGUUCAUUGAGACAGACAGACAGUAUUGGAUCUGUAUGAAGAUCCCGUGUGCGACUGAAGCAGCUCAGACUGAAUGUUUUACUACACAAACAACACCCACAAUACUCAACUGAAAAUGUAGUUAUUUGGGAUUUGUUGACUUCUUCAAAUACAGUUUUUCCUGUAGGAAAAUAUAUCUGAAUUUAGUCUUUAGCCAUUCAAUUUGACUCUGUUUCUCCUCAGACAUUUCACAACGUUUCUUUUUAAAUGCUAGUUUGUUUUUAUUUGCUUUGAAAUGAUCUGUUAGUAUUAUUCGACAGGAUUUCAUCAAGACUGUUAUUGUUAAUGAAGUGAUAUUUCAAUUGUUUUCAAGUUUUAAUCUGUAUAUUUUCGGUAUGUGUAAGGAGCAGAUCAAGUUUUUGAAUGUUUUUUUUUUGCUUUUCACUAGAUGCUUUGAUUAAGAACCAUAAUAAUUAAUGAACUCACAUCAUAACCUCACAACAAUGCCACUUACAUAUAUGAAGGAUUAUUAUCAUAUUGCAUUCAAUUACACAAUAUAUUAUUGAAUUGUGUAGUUACACAGUUAACAUGGUUUCUCUGAUUGUCACUGAUUUUUGUUUGUUUUUGUCGAAGUGACUUUUUUGUUUGUUGAUCUUGUUGUCCUGAUGUGCCAAACACAUGUUCUAUAAAAACAGUUUAGCUUUAACAGAUGCUGGUGACAUCAUUGAGUUUGAUUUACUUACACAUUAAUGUCAAAACAUACUCUACUGAAGCGUUCACAGAGCAAUAACAGGGAUUUGUCACAUCUGAGCCUGACAUCAAACACACAAUCUGUUUGUGAAUCAUGUGCUACAGUGUGAAUGUAAUGUGAGUUUUGCUUCUGCACUAUUUCAGGUCUUCGCUAAUUUCAGAUUUGCCUUAUAAAAUUUAAACCUCUAUAAGUGGCCUUUCAUUUCAGACAGCAUUUAACACAAUCCUUCCGGCUGUUAGAUUUCUAUAUUUCUAGAUAUAUUGAGACUGCACAAAUAAUUGUACAGUUUUGUAUAUAAAUGAAACUUGAUUUCCUGUGGAUAUAUAAGAAAAUGCAAUAAAAACACUUUGGUAAAGACA